AUGGAUCAUUGCAGAUUUUCUUCGUUAAAAUGGAGUCUUAGCGACUGCUUACAAAACUCUGAGGCUGGACUUAUGGCAGCUAUUGUUAUGGGUCAUGUGGAAUAUACCGAUACUAACGGUUUUAUAAUGCAGAAUGGCGGUAUUGUACCGCCGUCACUUCUCCAAGAAAAUCGUGUCCCACGUUUCUACAAGGAAGCUAUUGCAAAAUGCGGUGCUCCAAGUCAAUCACAAUUACCUAAUACUGCACUUGUUUAUAAUUUGAUGGUCACAUCUUGCUUACCACGCGCUAUACUCGGUAAUAUAUGGUCGUUGGUGAAUCGGACCAUACCUGGUCAACUUACUCGACAAGAAUUCUUCUCAUGUUUAGCAUUGAUUGCACUAAUACAAAAAGGCCAACCGUUGUCGGCGUUGUCGACAAUGUCUACGCUGCCAAUCCCACACUUGCAAGCGUGCGCACCAUUUGCGCAGCACUUGCCUGGCAGAGAUAUUUGUCAACAGCAAGGAUUUUAUCAAACUCUACAAAAAACUUCCAAUGCCUCAGAAGUAGCAUCAAAUGCAAUAUCACUUCUCGCCGAUAUCGACUUUUCCAGACCAGUCAGCAAUUCAACGACUUUUACUCAGCCAACGGCAAUAUCUGUCACACACAUUCCUGCUUCGCAAUCGUAUUCUUCAAUAAGUACCGUUAGUACGUCACACAUAGAUAAUUCUGCUCUGGAAACUCAAGUUCCAAUUGCUUUUGCUUCAAAUCAGUCUUUUGAUGUCUCGACUGAUUUGGAAAAUCAAGUUGUUUCAAAAAAUGCACAUCAAUCAGGAAAUAGUACUUUGAAAAGUUCCACACUACCGGAUGGAAUUCUGGAUGCUGUUCCCAAUAUGUUGAGACCAAGUUCACAAAAUCUGCUUUCGGAAACGAUUCCUUGUAGUGGUAGCACUUCGACAAAUAUUGAUACAAAUAAAACUGCAGGAAUUUCGGAAUUAGUAAGAAGCUCGGAUAUUUAUGCGACCAUGAAAUUGAUAACCGGUGAAAACAGUGACAGAGAAGAGGAAUGUCUUUAUGUUUGGCGGCGUUGCAUUGAGGAAGCAUAUAAAUUGUUAAAUGAUGCGGAUUCAUUACUACCUUGUUCAGCAACGGCACAUAUUGCAGAAAUCGCUCAUACUGAUCGUGGUGCGAGGUACUUGGAAGCACUUUAUGAAAUUCAUGAAAUGACACUUAGGAUAAGGAAAGGAAGAAUAGAUAAACUGGUUACGCAAAAAGAACUGUUUGAUAAAAUCGACAAAAUAUGGGCACGUCUGGAAUGCUUCCUAGAGAGAAAAAACACUGAUAGUGAAGAUACAAAUCAUUUGGGAGAAACAAUCAACGAAAUCGUUCCAUCAUUAUGUGGUAUUUGUUUAUUACGUGUUUCCACAAAUUCGAUGCUUGAAUUUACUGGUACUAUAUAUCAUAAGCAGUGUGCUAAUUUGUGGAUUAAUCGAGUCGAUUCGUUUCUACCUAAACUGAAAAAAUAUUGA